AUGUCUUCUCAAAGCACAACUUCUGGAGCCCAGACUUCGGGGUCAAAGUCUGGCAAUCAGGGAAACACCAAUCAAGGUACCAGUUCAUCCACUACUAGCGGAUCAUCAUCUGGAUACACCGACAGCAGCCAGCGUCCAAAUACUCUGACGGGAAAGCCUCCGGGCAAGCGUUGCCCGACAUGCAGAGCGAAAGGCUAUGAAGUCUGGGUUUUCUCAGGCAAGGAUUGCGGAUAUUGUGGGACUUACAUAGACUAA